UGUUGAUUUGCCCAUCCUCUACGUAUAACGUAUAUAUCUUAGCUUACGCACCAAUACAUCAGUAUUAAUUUAUACGGAUCGAUCGGAGUAUUUCAAUUCGAUUCCGGCCGGCCCUCAGCCACCUCGAUCCUAAAUUAACCGCCGGCCGCGCGAUCAAAUAAACAAACAUGGAUUGCGUUGCUUCGACUUCGACGGCGCCUCCGCCUCCGAGCAAUGAUUAUAUUGCUGCGGCGCCGACGCAACCACUCGCGGAUCGAAUCAUCCGUGCCCUCCGUCACCCGCUCCGCCUCCUCCACCGCUCCGACACGCUGUUCUUCGUCCUGGGGGCGACUGCCAACGUUUACACUGUCAACCUCGGCGGCGCCACCAUACAUUGCACAUGCCCCGACCCUACUGCUCCUUGCAAACACAUUCUCUUCGUCAUGAUCCGGGUACUAAGACUUGAGCUGGACGAUCCAUGUUUAUGGAGGAAGAGUCUUCCUCCACGACAGCUCAACCGGCUGCUGGGCUUGCCAUCCUCCGUAGAUGCAGUCGCUGGAGCGGAGGUGCGAGAAAAGUUCCACGAGCUUUUCUCCUGGGAAAGGCCGCGGCACCUAGUGGUGGUGAUACCGGACGGAGCGGCAUGCCCGGUUUGCUUGGAGGAAAUAGAGAGGGAGGAGCAGAGAGUAGCAGCGUGCGGAACGUGUAAGAACCCGAUUCACGAGGAGUGCUUGCAGGCAUGGAGGAAGCAGAGCAAGCCGAGGAGAUCCUUCAGCUGUGUGCUCUGUCGUGCACGGUGGCGAGAUGUCAGGGCGGCGGACCCGGCUUUGUAUCUUAACUUAUCCAGUUAUAUAUCUUAGAGACGACGGCCGGUACGGUCACGUACGUAUUAAUUGGCUACGGCAGUUAGCGUGCGUUGGCCGGCCUUCAGUUCAAUUCACUAUGCGCACACAAUAUAAUCCAUGGUGUACAUAUGUAUGCGCUAAAAGGGAAAGUUCCCGAAAUAGUAUUAAAACUAUUUCAAAAUUCCAGAAUAAGAUUGUCGUGUUUUUUUUCUCAAAAUAAGAUUAAUUACUGACAUGUUUAGAAAAUACUGACAUAUUUGAAGUCUGGUACUCCGAAAAUAUGACAAUAAUUAGUCUUAUUUUGAGAAUAAAAACAUAGCAGUCCUAUUUUAAAGUGUUUUAGUCCUCGUAGUAAAACUCAUUGAAUUUCGAUUUUAUAAUACGAUGACUAAAAAAACUCAAUUGCUAUAUCGUGGGAGCGGUGAAGUGUGAGCAUGCUCCUUCUAAGGUUAUAUGUAAUGUAACUCAUGUGAAUCCACAUGUAACGUCAGGUUUAUCAAAAUGUAAAUUACAUUCGUUCAAAUGUAA